AUGCCCACUUUCUCUGGGUCUUACUACUUCUGGGUUUUGGCCAGAAUUACUCUUGCAUCUGAUCUCCUCAGCACGCUUCGCAGCUCCAAUGCGACCCUAUUCGCCGAUGUGAUUGAGGCAAACCCCGCUCUUUGCGCCCUCGUCUCCAGCUCCAACGUCCACACAAUCUUCGCGCCAGUUGAUUCCGUUCUCGCCAAUCUUCUGCCCUCACAGCGAACGGGGGCGAUUCGAAGAGCUAACAUUAGUCCAGACGAUAUCGAAAAACUUUCUUACGAGAUCGCCGAAGAACAGCAGAGGCAACAGACAAAUGAUUCUCUGCCUCAAACAUUGAGUAAACGUGAAGGUUCCUCUCUCCCGUUUCUGUUCACUACCGCAAGCGAUGAUGUUCGGGCGAAUUUGGAAGGCGGCAAAAGGCAGAAAUUUGCCAUGAUCGACGGUAGGGUCGAGCGCGAGAGCAACAGUUCCCAGUACCCUCAUGAUGAUACCCCAGUUCUUCAGCUUGUUACUGGUCUUGGAAACAAGGUCACUGUUGUGAAGCCUGAAAUCGAGUACAACGGAGGCUACAUUUAUACAAUCGAUGGGUAA